AUGAAAUUAUGGAAGCUCUACCUCAUUAUCUUGAUCCCCAUCGUUCUGAGCCCCCUGGCCUUCCUGGACUUCACACCCUACAACUUAGCUCCCCAAGGAGCUCGUUGUGCUUAUGUCGUGGUGACCAUGGCCAUCUACUGGUUGUUGGAACUUCUACCUCUUCCUGUGACAGCCUUGGUCCCCGUGGUCAUGUUCCCAUUUCUGGGGGUACUUGGCACAACGGAUGUCUGUCUGUGUUACUUUGAACCCGUGAACAUGUUGAUGGUGGGAGGGCUUAUUGUGGCCAUUGCGAUAGAGGAGUGCGGCCUUCAUCGGCGCAUUGCUCUCAAAAUCAUGUUGAGUGUAGGGACGGGCCCAAGGGCGUUGCUUUAUGGAUUUAUGCUCACCACCAUGUUCCUUUCAAUGUGGUUAUCGAGUAUAGCAGUGACGGUCAUGAUGAUUCCCAUUGCUCUGGUCGUUUUGGAUGAAACUCAAGAUGACGGAGACUCAAAAAGGAGCCGCGAGUUUCGGAAAAUGUUGCUGCUGUCAGUAGCUUAUUCAGCGAACAUCGGAGGAACCGGAACUAUGACUGGCUCCACUCCCAACCUCGCGUUAAUGGGGUUUCUCGAGAAGCAGAGCGAGGAUCUGGCCUCGGGCCUCAACUUCAGCACCUGGUUUGCUUUGGCAAUGCCGGGAAUGGUUUUGAAUCUUCAUAUUGCGUACAUUUGGCUCCAGAUUGUGUUUCUCCCAUGGCCAUGGAAAAGAGAGAAGCAAUCCAAAAACGAGACCAUUCAAGUGUCACUUCAGCGCCAUUAUCAGGAGCUUGGAAGGUUCUCGGCCACUGAAAUUGCUGUAACGUGUUGCUUUGUGGCUAUGGUCCUGCUGUGGUUUCUGCGAAGCCCCGAGUUUAUGCCCGGAUGGGCGGAUCUUUUCUCGUGGACUGAAGUCAACGGGAAGAAAAUCGGGAUUGGUAAUGCCACUCCUGUGAUCUUGGUGGCCAUUCUCCUUUUCGUCAUCCAAACUCGAUCCAAUGGGGUGUGGAAACCCAUUCUUGAUUGGAAGACAGUCCAAGGAAAGCUACCUUGGGGCUUGAUCAUUCUCUUGGGAGGUGGAUUUGCCAUGGCCGAGGCCAGUGAGAGAUCCUGUCUCUCUUACUGGAUUGGUACCAGGCUGAGCCUUCUUGGAGAUGUCUUUGACAGUUGGGUCCUUGUCAUCAUAAUCUGCAUCCUGGUCUCUUUUAUCACAGAAGUCACCUCCAACACGGCCACUGCCAAUGUAAUCCUUCCAAUUCUCAUCCAAUUGUCCAUCAGCUUGGGGUUAUCGCCAGUGUAUUUGGCGUUUCCCGCUGCCAUCACUUGCUCAUAUGCGUUCAUGUUGCCUGUGGCCACGCCUCCAAACGCCAUGGCUUUUGAUGCUGCGGGCAAUCUUAAAACGCAAGUCAUGUUCUGUAUUGGAAUCGUGAUAAAUCUGGCUUGCGUUCUCACAACCUUCCUCACCAUUCAGUUUUAUGCACCUCUAAUCCUGGAUAUGGAUAUCACGCCCGAGUUGGGCAAUGGCACGGAAACAAAUCCGAAUAUUUGCGCCACAAUAUUGGCUAAAUUGUCAUGAAACGUAUUGUAAUAAUUCAAUAAAAAAUAACAUCAAAAAGUAA